AUGGUGUUUCGUGCCUGGACUCGGCUUAACCGAGUGAGGUGGUCGUUGUUCCUUGUGGCUGGCUCCGCGUCGCUGGUGGGUUACAGUCGUUGCGAGAAGUGCUUAGGUCGUCCACGGAUCAUGGGUUGUUUCCUCGGCGUCUGGGACUGCUACUGGUCGGCCGAAUCGGGCAGGCGUCAGUGUCCUCCGUUCUCGAGGUCUGGUGGUUACCCAUCGGCGUCGUCGUGUCAGCUGCGUAUCGAGUCGAAGUCGUUGGGUUCGGUCUCGAUCGUGAGGUGGACUCGUCGAGGAUCAAUUACGCCGAUUCAGGUUCGUGAAGUUCUCGUCUCGUCGUUCGACGAAGCUUUCGUCGAAGCCGUGGUUCCGGUGGUCGGUGCUUUGAAUACGUCGGUCGGUAUAGUGGGCCGGGUCGUCUCCGUUACGUUCUUCCGUGGGUGCACGUUGCUCGGCGGUCGGACUGGUCGGAAUCGUUGGCUGUCUUGUCGUCGGUGGCGGCCAGAGUUGGAAACUGGCUGUGUGUGGUCUUCUAUCUUCGGUUCUUCUGUACAAGUUAUGUUGUUGAAUGUUUGA